AUGGCAAGUCCGUCUUCAUCAUGUUCGCCCUCUUCAUCUGCGGUAACCAUCCCAAUACCUGGCAAGUCGAUUUUGAAGCGUCCACCACCCACGCAAACUGGUAUCCUCUCUCGAAUCAAGGGUUUUCUUCCAACACAAUCUCCUACUUCCGCUAGCGACGACAUCAAACCUCUAAAGCGUGCCCAUUUUAUACUUCCCAAACUCGCCAUAGUUUACCCUAUAUCCUCUAUCAACCCUCCAUCAACACCCGGGCUCAAAGAUGAGAAGCGGGCAAUUGAAGAGAGAGAGGCGGAGAGACGCAGGAAAGUUGUCAGAGGCAACUCUAUUGGUCCGAACGAAACCGAAGAUUGGUGGAAUUUGGAGAAGGUGGAAUCCUUCUACAGGGAGUGUUGCACAUCAAGAGAGGAAGAACCAGACCCCGCGAUUUCUGCUGCUUUUAAGCGCGCAUCAGGCACAAACCCUCGGUCCGUUGAUUUGUCUGGUGUACAAUUGACACCCACAUCUGCCGCAAUACUCUCUGACGUGUUUACGAUUGAGUGGGGUCUUCGAAAACUCACCCUUCGAGAGUGUGAUUUGGACGACUAUAAAUUGAAACUUAUGCUUCACGCGCUGCUUAUACCUGGCACCCUCGUUUUCCUGUCCGUCGCGUCAAACCGUCGCCUAAAAGCACCCGCAUUUAAAGUGCUUGGUUUUUAUGCCUCAAAAGCAAAAAGUCUACAAUUCCUCGACCUCUCACAAACAAAUCUAGACAAGAAGGCAGUAGACUAUAUCGUAGUCUCAUUGACAACAGCACCUGAGCCUGGUUUAAUCUCCCUCCGUCUAGAUGACUGUUCUAUCAGGGUGCCAGCGCUGGACGUACUUGCCCGAGUUAUUCGUAAUUCAUCUCUUCGCAACAUCUCUCUGCGCCAUAAUCGCAUUAAUGCAACAGGAGCCGUCGCACUUGCUCUCAUGAUCCGAGACUACCCGGACGUGGUCCCUACUACUCCCAACUCAUCUACCUUUCCUUCACAAGGAAGCGUUGUCUCUUCGCCACCUUCCUCGCCGAUUCCCCCUUUUGCUCAUCUACCUCCUCCGUCACCUGUUACCCGUACAGGACCUGUGCCGCCUCCUCCACGUCAUCCAUCGUCCUUGCCUCCUCAGACGACUUACACGCCGUAUGUACCUCGUACUCGCCGAGCUUCUGGUCAGCCCAUCCCCAUCAUCACGUCAAAUCCACAGGGUGGUGGCGGACUCCAUCCCAAUGGUACGGCUCACAGGCAUGAUGACGGUCCAAGUGCUGCACUCCUGGACAAGGUGCGCGCUCUUGAUGCAUUGCCAAGGCUUGGAGCUCUCCGCACGUUGGAUUUACGAGGCAAUGACCUUCGUAAUGGGGUUACUUACCUUGCACAAGUACUCAAACGAAACAGGACGCUUAAGGUCCUGAACUUGAGUGAAAACAAGCUGGAUGUUCAGUGCUUGGUGGCAAUUGCCGAGGCGAUGAAAUACAAUCAUUGCUUAGAAACUUUGGAUCUCAGUCGGAAUCCCUGCUCUGGUCCUGGUCUCGAAGGCAUUCAAUCAUUGCGAACGGCCUUCACAUUAAAUAACGCUCUCAAGCGUCUAUUCCUCUCCUCCACUAAUAUGACAUCACAGGGCGCAAUCGCACUCGCAGAAUUUCUCCCUGAAUCAAACUCCUUGCUCCACCUUGAUCUCACAGACAAUAACUUGGACAUCGCUGCCAUUAUGGCGCUUAGCUCGGGACUCAAGGCUAAUCACACGAUGCGGUGUCUCGAUGUCAAUAUACCUCCAGAUGACGAGGAAUUUGCCAGAAUGUGUCGUGAAAUUCUCAACACUUGUAUCCGGAAUACGGAGGAAGCGGAAAAAGCGGCACAUGUUUCUGAUGGGCUUCGUAGUCCGGCGAGCAACCGAGGGCUUGGUAAGGGUGUGUGGAACAUGAUCCAGGAAAGUGAAUUAGCCAAAUCAAUACGUCAAGGUGGCGGGCUCAAGAACAAUACUGAGAUUGUAUCAAGAGCGUAUACGCUGCUGUCUCAAAUCGAGAACUCAGUGAAUAGCCCAAGGUCUAUUUCAGUCACAUCUUCAGGCACAUCCUCUCCAACGCUCGUGUCACCCGCGGACCAAGACCUCGUUCAGCAAGCCAAGGCCACUGUCGAUGAAAUCACAGAAAAAGUGCAGACUACGACAGACGUCGCCCUUCUGGAAGAGCUCCUAGGCCUCUGCGAUAAACUGAACAGUGCUAUCACACAGUUGUCAUCCGCUCCUUCGAGCAGGCCACUUCUUCAUGUUCCUGCCGACGGAGAUGUUCUACAUGAGCGCCCCACAGAUCUGUCAGAGGAUGAUGCACCACUAACUCCGAAGGUAGAUAAAGGAAAAGGUCGAGCAGAACCAGAGCCGGAGGAGCCGGAGAAAGUGUUGAGUCCCACUUUCACGAUAAACGAAUCAGAGGAUGAGGAUGAAGACGACAACAGAUUCUUAGGCGAGGAGGACCAAAUUAGCGUCCCUUCCCCUGUGGUUAGGUCGAAAAGUUGGGUUGAAGAAGAAGGGGAAAUCUUCCGAAAAGGUGCUGUCCUUCUCGGACCUGAAGAGAUGGAGGGAGAGUACGCCGGCGAAGAACUCCGUCGUGAGUUAUUGGAGGCCAUGGUCGAACGGCCUCCUCCUCGCGGAAUAAUCGAUGAAUUUGGCAUGGACCUGGACAUGAUUGCACCUGAAACAGCUUCUCCGCCUGGGGAACCUCUGCGGCCUCCACCGCGUCCAUACAUUUCCCGUACUCGUUCCACGUCUUCCAAUGGAUCGACGGGAGACUUACAUUCUCCAAAUUCGCCUACGACAUGA